AUAAAAGCCUGGAGCAACAAAUAAACAGUGGUAACAAUACUUUAGAUAAAAACUCAAAACUAUAUGAUCAAUUAGUUUGUAAUGAUAAUAUUUCAGAUAUAAGCUCAGAAACUUUGCAACGGCAACUGGACAAUAGCGGCAGCUCUAUCACUAUGAAUACAAGCUCAGGAACUUCGCAAUGGCAACUAGACAAUAGUGGCGGCCCUAUUGCUAUGAAUACAAACUCAGUACCUUCGCAACGGCAACUGGACAAUAUUGGUGGCUUUACGAAUACAAGCUCAGUACCUUCGCAAUGGCAAUUGGAUAAUAGUGGUGGCUCUAUAAAUGAAAGUUUGAAAUCUUCACGUUUGCGAUUGGAUAAUGGUAGCGAACCUUUGGAUGAAAUCUCAGAACCCUUAUGUUUGCGAUUAGAUAAAGGUGGCAACGGAUCUUUGAAUGAAAGCUUAGAACCUUCACGUUCACGAUUAGAUGAAAGUAGUGGAUCUUUAAGUAAAAACCCACAUCGGAAGCCAGAUG